AUGGCAGCGGCAGUCCGAGGCCCUGCGACUGGUCGCUUCUUCAGGGCCUUCCAUGCUUGGUCCAGACUCGGCAACGUUACGCAUCAACAACGACGAUGCUUCGUUUCGAAUGGCUCACUAUAUGAGGCCAAUGUCGACAAAUCAUCACAUUCCGAAACCCCUCAAGCACCACGGUCGAGGCGUCCGACGACCAGAGUCAGAAUUCCGCAGGCCCGUUUUGAACGCAUACAGCAACACCCCGACUUCUUGCAAAGGAUGCACGCUGCACUAGACGCCACUAUCCAGCCUGAUGGUGGCCCAGACAACGACGGCUCUCGCCUCGUUCGUAUACAAGCUCCUUCGACAAGGCUCUGCCGCUAUGUCAGGAAUCUUCUCAUGCGCCGAAAUGAUGAUUCGCGCACUCUUGACAAUACUGUCUUCAACAAGGACAACAGUGCCGAAACCACUCAGAAUGUUCAGAAUGCCACCAUCGACUUGAAAUUCGACCUACCAACCGAAACAGCCACCUUACUCCAGGAUAAUGCCGAUGAAUUGAAGCUGCGUAUACAAGACACUUUCUCUGUACAGCUCGACCUCGUACCUGAGCAGGACGGCGUCACCAAUGACGGUAUGCGUACCAUCGCAAUAGUCGGUGCGCGUAAAGAUGUGAACCUCGCCAAAGACUUUAUAACUUCUCUGCAUUAUGAAUUGGAUCUGUCAUCAGGACACGGGAAACAACAAUCAAACAAAUCGCUCGAGACACCACCCCAGCCAUCUCCUGUGAGCUCGGAACCGAAAAAGAAGCCCCUCACCAAGCAGGAAGUAUACAAAUCCAUCAUGCGCAGCGUCCCUUCCAGCGUUGUCGUCUUGACCACUAGUGUCUCGCCUUCAACUUCUGACAUGGAAUUGUUCCGUGGUAUGACUGUCUCUUCUUUGACUUCUGUCACUCUUGAACCAGAACCCAUCAUUUCCUUCAGUAUUCGUGGUCCUAGUCGUACACUCGAUUGUAUCACCGCUGGCCGCCCUUUCGCCGUCAAUUUCCUAAGUACCCACUCUGUAGGCGCGCGAAUUGCCGACAUUUUCUCAAAGCCUCACGAUAAUCCUUCACAGCCUUUCCAUGCUGUCCAAAAUUUAAACCUGGCUAAGAUCUGGGCCAAAGAUGGCGAUCCUGCUCCACCAGUUAUCUCGGGGAAGGACAUUCCCGCGCGCUUUACAUGCGAGCUCCUGCCUGGAAAAUCACUCGAGGUUGGAGACCACACUGUCAUCUUUGCCCGAGUGACCAACGUCUAUAGAACGCAAAGAUUGAUCAAUCUUCAGCAUAGCGGUCACGUCACUUUCCUUGCUUACGCUCAAGCUGGAUAUCGCUUCCUUGCCCCUGAAUCAAUCGAGUGGCCUGCGGCCCAAAUUCUCAAGCCUACGCAGUCCAGAAAGUCUGCGCCUAGCACACCAAAGGGACCUCCACCACAGCUUCCAGAGACAAAAGCAGAGCCUGAGGAAGUCGAAGUGUUCGAUGAGGAUGUUGCUGUUCCGACCAAGGCUGACGCUGCUUCCGAGGAUGUCGUAGAUGCGUAUUGGCGUAUGGCUCUGGACGAGGAUAAGGUCGAUAGCGUACUCGAGGAGCGUGCUGCUGAUCAGCGCGCAUUGGGUGAAGCCCAAAAACCAGCUGAUCAUCCUGCUGCGGAUGUCCAAAAUGACCUUGCUGACCAGCCAUCUCUGAAGAAGCAAGAUAGUUGA